AUGGACUUGAAAAAGUUCGCUUCUUUGCCUUCGAUCGAGGCGGUGGAUGACGAUUCAGCUUCUUCCCCUGUGCUGGAUGACAUAAAAGUAACGAAUUGCACACACGACGCUGUUAGUCUUCGCUGGCAGUCGCUUCCUGGCCAGAAUACUUACGUUAUUGAAGAGAGGGAUUCAUACGGCAUCGGACGCGUUUUCGUUGGCCACUCGACAGAAUGUACGCUCAGGGGAUUAGAGCCGCUCUCCCAACACGAAUACAGACUUAAAAUCCAGACGGAGCAAGGGACACUGACGAGUGGAUGGAUGAAUGCUUUCACGACAAAAGAGCCGGUCGGCGUGGAUCAUCUAAUUCGCGCCUGUCGUGCUUCAGACACCUAUCGCCUGAGCGUGUUACUAAAAGAACUCGGAGAAAAAGGAUCAAAUAAGAAGCUUCAAAUCCUAAACUCAAUGGACGCGAAGGGACACACUGCUUUGAUGGAAUGUUCGAUCGACGAUUUCGCUGACGGGGCGGCGAUGCUGAUCGAGCACAACUGCGACGUCAACAUUCAGAACUACGACGGCAAAUGCGCACUGACGAUCGCGGCGCAACACGGCCACACGCAAAUGGUCAACCUCUUGCUCGAGAACGGCGCCAAUUUGGCUUGUCGUGAUCGCAGCGACUCCAACUUGCUCUUCAGUGCGACGGAUCAUGCGGGUGUCCUGCGAAUCAUUUUGAGAGAGAAAGUGAUCGACGUUAACGAACGGAACAGCUCGGGUUGGACGCCGUUGCACAAAGUCGCUUCUGUUAACUUGACCGAGUCGGCGACGAGCUGCACGAACCUGCUCAUCCGGGCCGGGGCCGAUGUUAACGCCAAGGAUGCAAAUAUGAACACUCCUCUCUGUCUAGCUGUCAUUCAGAGCAACUACGACGCCUGCAAAGUCCUGCUCGAUAAUGGCGCCGACCCAACGAUCCUCAAUGAGAACGGAAACUCGCCUCUCAAACUUGCCGAAGCGCUGCAGAACACCAAAGGCGCCAUGUCACGAUCAGUAACGUCGCUCUUCCAGUCCGCCCUUGGAGGAUUCUAG